UUAAAAAGAUUGGCUGCUUUUUUAAAGAUUUAAGUAACAUAGACAUUUUUGGGCAGUUGCCGUACCUUGAAGAGCUAACCAUUAGAUUGGAGCUAGGAAAGAAAGAUCUGAAGCAUUUAAAAAGUCUCUUCACAGCACUCGCUGCAAACGCAUCCCCAGCUCUGAAAUUUCUUGAUCUAACAUCUGACGUAUCCCUUGAUUUGCCUUCAACCACUGAAUUGGUGCGAAUUAAAUCAUUAAAGACAUUAAAAUGCGGGUUCUCCAAUGAUGAAUGCAUUAAACGCCUCGAUAAGCUUACUGAACUUGAAGAUUUAGAAAUAAGAUCAACUCAUCACGAUUUUAACAACAUAUCUGAGACAGUUUUACGAAUUUUAUCAUCUUCGAAAUGCAGCGUUGAAAUUAACAACAUCUUCACCUAUAACAGUCACAGUAAAGAACUCAAACUGCAGCUGAGUAAUAAAAUAGAUGCAAGUCGUUACGCUCCCCUGGGUAAUUUGGAAAAUUGUGAAAGUCUUAUUAUAUCUGGAAAGUGUCCAUCUGGCUCAUUGCACUCGUUAAUAAAAACACUUUCCUCAAACGAAAGUCAUAAUUUAAAAAUGUUGCAUAUUGAUGAAAUGCCAAUCAAUCACGAAGAGACUCUUCUGAUAAAACAAAUAAAAACUUUAAAAUUAAUCAAUUGCAUAUUCUCUGAUCCCAGAUGUCUUGAAGUCGAUCUUCCCCUUACAUUCUACAAGAGAAUUGCAAUGAGUGAAAUCGAGAUUCCAAGUCAGGCAAUCCCUGUGUUGGAAAAUUCCGAAGGCGUCGUCACUAUUAAGCAUGAUGAAGGAAUCAUUAAAUAUAAAAAAAAUCAAGGAAAGUUAAUUAUAGAAAAUUUCUUGGAUAUUUGUGAUUACGCUUUUCUGAAGAAAUUGAAAAAUUUAAAUAAGCUACAUAUAUUAAAAAAACGCACAAGUAACUUGACUAAAAUCUUGUCAUACUUGGCGGAAAGUUCCAGUUUUAGGGAACUGAUAAUUGCUGACACCAAUGACUACAUUGAUAACUGGAUUACUGAAGAAGGCCAAUAUAAUUCCAGGACAACGUAUUUGAGAGAAAACCCCUAUCGUACAUCCGAUCUCUAUAGUUGUAGCUAUAAGAAUAUGUGUGUUAUUCAAUAUGAGCGCAAAAAUGUUUCAGUCAUAAAUUCUGAAGAAGUGUUGCAUAUCGCAAAAAUUGAAUCACUUAGAAAACUUAUAUGUGGAUUUUCUAAAGAAAUUAGAGAGGAACAUUUGCAAACUCUUGCCCGACUAAAGGAUCUUCAGGAAUUAACCAUUAUAUCACAUCGAUAUGGCUCCUUAGAAGGACUUUUCAAAGGAUUCUCAUUACAAAUUUCACCGACCCUUGAAAAUCUUGUUAUAGAUGACAAUAUUACUAUUAACGAGUUAAAGGCGAUUGCCGGUAUAAAAUCGCUGAAGGCAUUAAAAUGUUCCUUCGACGAUCCAGAAACCGACGAAAUUCUUCCUGCAUUGCCAAUUCUUUCAGAACUGUUUAUAACAAAUUACAGCAACUGUAAACUCAGACUGUUCAAGAAUUGUCCUUUAGAAUUUAUUAAACUCACUGGAGAUUGUUUGGAAAUUGAUGAAGUUAAAGCAAUAGCAGAGUAUAAAUUAUUAAGAAAAUUGGAUAUAGAGCAUAUGUACCCACAACACGUCGAAAUUUUGUCUCUACUUAAAGAAUUGGAGGAACUAAAUAUUGCCUUUCUAAUUGAAGAUGAUACAACUCCAAUAAAUUUCAAUGAAAACUUUCAAAAGCUGCGAAAAUUGACUUUAAGAAAUAAAGUUGUUGACAUUAAUCAGUUGGAAAAUAUUUUAGAACUUCCUUCUCUGAAAUCUCUUUGUUGUCGUUUCAAUUUAAAAGAAGAAGACAACUUGGGCAGACUUGGACAACUUGAGGAGUUGAUUGCUGAGUCUUCCCUUGAUAUACUCCUUCAGGCAUUAGUCGAGCAGACCCCUAGGACUCUUAAGCAUUUGCACAUGAUUGGGGAUCCGGAUAAUAUUUCAAAAUUCAGCGUUAUAACGAAACUCACUGACCUCAAAACAUUAAAAAUAGCGACAUACAUUUUUGAAAGUGAUUCGAGUGUGUUCUUGAAUAUCCUUGAAAAUUGUACUAAACUUGAACACGUUGAAAUAAUGGCUGAUAAAUACUUGAAUUUAGAAAGUGACUGGAGCAUUCUUGAUAAAGCCUUGGAUAUAUUAAAAAUGGUUAGAGAUCCGACUCUUCAAGAACCAUUGAAGCUGAUUGUGUCUCCAUCUCUUUACAUAUUUUCCCGUCAUUUGACACCCAGUGAUAAAAAGUACUUAAACGUUGCGUAUAGAGAAAUCAAAUAUGAAUGGUUUCCAGAUGACGACAUCAGCAUCGGCAGCAGCAGCGAUAGCAGCAGAGAGGCCGAGGUCUACAGUGGCUUGGAGGAUUAAAUUAAUUGGAUAGUUGUAGUUUUUAUCUCAAAAGAAUCAAAGCGGAGACUCAAUUUUUUACCACUUAUAGAACUACACAAAUUUAUUUGUAGUGCGUUGAUAUCUUUUAAAUUAUAGUAUAAAUGUGAUUUUUUUUUAGUUCUCAACUAAUGAUCUGAAGAUUACUGACUGAAGAUGACCACACGUUAGCCGUGAGUCAUGUUGUUAAUCUACUACAAGUCCUAAUAUAAGGGCCCUAACAAGCCCUAUAACAGCCCUAACAAAUAAAGUGUCAAAAGGCUUUAAAAAUACAAUUGGCUUAGAUUUUAAUUGAAAGCGACUAACAUUACAUUAAGUGAGUCACUCGCUAACUAUGGCAUCCCGAGUAAGAGAACUAUGUAAGGUGUAUAAGAAAACUAAAUUUUUAUACCAUGCACCCAUAUGCGCAACUGGU